AUGGCAUCCAACGUACCUCAAACAAUUGUGUUGAUCACCGGUGCCAACCAAGGCAUUGGAUUUGCCACUGCCAAACAGCUCCUUGAAUAUGAGAAUUAUCACAUUCUUCUCGGGUCUCGCGAUGCGGAGCGCGGGUCUAAGGCAGCAGCUGAACUCGACCCUACCGGCCAACGCGCGGAGGCUAUCACCAUCGAUGUGACCGAUGAUGACUCUAUUGAGGAAGCAGUUCGACAGAUUACCUCGAGACAUGGCCGGCUGGACGUGCUGGUCAACAACGCAGGCAUCAACAACGAGUUAGAGCUAUUUUUCAAACAGGCUGAAGAAGCGACCAAGGGAAAAGAUGAGGAGAAAAAGCCAGAUCUUGCUACCCUUCGUGCACAGGCUCAGAAGCUAACACAGAUCAAACCAAAACUGGCCACACUACGUCAACUUUAUCGCGAUGCCUACGAGGUUAACCUAUUCGGUGCUGCCAUCGUCACUGAGGCUUGCACGCCUCUACUUGAAAAAGCAGUUGCCAGCCCUGCCCGGAUUGUAUUUGUCUCCUCUCACACAGGCUCAAUGGGUCUUCGAGUAGACAAAAAUGGUCCUGAAUGGGAAAAGUGGUCACAGCCCUCUUUUCCUAUUUACCGGAGUAGCAAAGCGGCGUUGAACUUUCUUACCCUCCACUUUGCAGCAAAAUUCAACGAGAAGGGGUGGAAGGUGAAUGCUGCAUCUCCAAAUUUGACCGCGACCAACUUCUCGCGUGGCAAUGGACGCCCUGCUUCUGAGUCAGCGGUCAAUAUUGUCAGGCUGGCUACUCUGUCAAGUGAUGGGGACACGGGGACGUACAGUGAUGAGAAUGGUGCUGUUCCUUGGUAG